UUUGAAUUCUUUUGGCAACACAAUUGUUAUAGUGCCCUUCAAAACAAAACCUUGGAAUUUGCUAGAAUUUAACAUUUGAGAAAUAAAACUUGAUAUAAAAAUGGCCUUUCGUGGCUUUGUUCAAAAAUACAUAGCUACUCCAGGAGUGAAGAAAUGGUUUUUUAAUAAAGCUGGUUACCAGAAAUAUGGCUUAUUUCGUGAUGAUUGUAUCUAUGAAACGCCAGUGGUGAAAGAAGCAAUACGUCGACUACCUCAGGAUGUUAUAGAUGCAAGAGUCUAUCGCAUUCAGCGGGCAUUUCAAUUGACCAUUCAGCAUGACAUUUUACCGAAAGACCAGUGGACGAAGUUUGAAGAGGAUCAGAACAACCAUUAUCUUCAACCUUAUAUCGAUGAAGUUCAACGUGAGUUAGAUGAACGCAGGAAAUGGGUUAAAGCACACUGAACUUAAGAUAAUAAUAUUUUCAAAAUAUAUCUUAUAGAUAUUCUGUCAUUGUUUCUUUAUAAAAUUGGUUGUCAAAUUCUUAGGUAUUUCUAAAUAUGAAUAAAAUAUUAUAGCGAA